CCCGUCCUGCCUCCUGGUCCCGCUCGGCUGCCCGCGCACUUUGCAGAGGGCAGGUGCCUGCCACAAUGCCUAGCUAAUUUUUUCUAUUUUUAGUAGAGACAGGAUGCAGACGCCUGCGGUGCUCGGGCUGGGAGACUGAGACCCCCGGAUCCGCAGCAGAGUUGGCGGCGGCACUUGCCGAGAUGGCCGGGAAGAAGGCGCGGAGGAACGCGCCACCGAGCCCCGCGCGGACUGAGCUGGAAGAGGAGUGCGCAGCUCAGCUCGGGAGACUGGGAGACAAACUGAAUUUCCGGCAGAAACUUCUGAAUCUGAUAACCAAACUCUUCUUCUCAGGAACCUGACUGCAACAAAAACUUUUGCAUAAGGGGACUCCUUCGAAAGGGAAGUUUCCCCCAAUAGGUGCAAGUGGUACAAGUUUC